AUGGCUGUGGGGAAGGCACUGGAGGCCCAACUCUCCGUGCCAGUGCAUUCCCUGCGGGUCACGGCUCACCACCCCGAGCACUUCUUUGUCACCUUCACGCAGCCGACUCACCAGGUGAACGCCGUGCGCCGGGGCUCCAUCCGCGUCGACGGCGCCUGUUUCAACAUCGUCCCGUGGCACGAGCACGACCUCGCCACGUUCGACUCCCUCCUGCUCCACGUCCGCGUCGUCAUCGAGAAACUUCCGAUGCACUCCUGGUCGCUGGAGGGGGCGGAGGAGAUCCUCGGUAGGCGGGUGCGCGUCGACCGCCUCGACAGCCGGACCCUAGAGCGGGGUCACACGAAGAUCUUUGCCUGCUGGGUCUGGGCCAGGGAUAUAGAAGGGUUGCCCCGCCGCCGACGUCGACGGAGUACGCCAUGCUCAUCCAUGUCGACAGGGUGGAGGACUGGAUGCCGCCCUCUCCGCGCUCCUCCCACUUCGCCCAGGGCGGCCUCCCAUCAUCCGACUCCGACGACGACUCUCCCUUCCCAGUGGUGGCCCCUGCAUCUUGGGCGAUGGGUGUUGAGGACGGCUAGAGGAGCGACCGCCUGCAUCGCCUGGCUCGUGCCCCCGUUGCCAGCCUGGGAUGCCGGGGUGGACCUCGAGACGACCGCUCGAGGGACCGCGACGACGAGGGAGGGACGGGUGCAGGCGGGCAGAAGUCCUGGAAGGACGUCCUCCUUCGCCGCGGCGCCUCGCAUGCUCCACCUUGCGCUACGCCUCCGCAGCGUCGUCGCAGCCGAUCCCCGCCUGCCAGGCGCGGAUCGAGGGAGUCCUCGGGCCGUCGCUCGGGGACUGGGAGGGCCACCGCGUCCGCGAGGCGCCAGUCGAGGCCGCGCCAAGAUAUACUCACUCCUUCAAGGGCUCCCAAGGGCAUGGGCCCCGGCGCCGCGGCCACCCAGCCCGCCCUUGUCGCGAGGAGCAGCACCAGCGGGAAAGACCCGGUCGAGGAGUUUUUCAGGACGGCCAAGAACACCGCCAUUGCCUCUGUCAUCGUGGACGGCCUGGCGGCCGACGUCCACAUCGCCGUAG